AACCGACCAGAGAGGCUUUUCCCGAAAUUAUUGUCCGUCUCGGAGGUUGUGGCGGCGCCGAGGAAAGAGAGAGAGAGAGAGGGCGGGAGGGAGGGAGGGAGGGAGGUCCCCGCUUCUCCAGUGUCCGGGCGGCGGCCUACGUGCGGCUCGUGAUCUUCUCCAAAAGGAAGCUGUAAAAUCUGAUCACCACAAUUGCUUCAGUUUGCCGUGAGAAGUGAACAAGAUGCCUCACCAGAAUGAGAAUCCUCCUUGCGCAUUUUGCCGACGGAAUGAUGAUUGCCCAGAAAAAUAUGGCAAGAAGGAAACUUAUGAUUGCGGAAUUACUCUUCAUUAUUAUUGUUUGAUUAUGUCAAGUGGUUUGUAUCAACGUGGAAAGGAAAAUGAAGGAAUCUAUGGAUUUCUUCCCGUGGAUAUCAAAAAGGAGCUUCAUAGAGCUACAAAAAUUACUUGCAAUGUUUGCAGGAAACGUGGAGCGUCAAUAGGCUGCACUGUUGCAAAAUGUCGGAAGAGCUUUCAUUUUCCUUGUGGUGUGGCGAAGCAAUGCAUUUUCCAAUUUACAGGACAGUUUGCGUCUUACUGUUGGGAACACAAACCUGUCCAAAAAGUGCCACCUGCAGCAAAAUGGGCAAAUAGUUCACAUGCAUGUGCUGUCUGUUUGGAAUCCAUUGAUACACUUCCAUCCUAUGAUGUUCUAAAGAGUCCCUGCUGUAAAAAUACAUGGCUUCACAGACAAUGUGUUCAGUAUCAAGCAUUGAGUGCUGGGAUGUUCUUCUUCAGGUGCACUAUUUGUAGUAAUAAGGAUGAAUUCCAGCAAGAGAUGUUGCGAAUGGGGAUCCAUGUCCCAGAAAAAGAUGCAUCUUGGGAACUUGAAGAGAAUGCAUAUCAGGAGCUACUGCAGCGUUACCAGAGAUGUGAUGUGAGAAAAUGCUUGUGCAAAAAUGGAAGAGAAUAUGCUGAAACUGAAGGUAAAUGGGACAUUGUACUUUGCAAGUACUGUGGCUCUAGUGGAACCCAUCUGGCCUGUUCAACUUUAGUGAGAUGUUUGCAAGACUGGGAGUGUCCUGAGUGUAGAGCGAUUGUACACAAAUCAGAAAAAAUGAAGGAAAGACUUCGUUCAGUAAUAACUAAGUCGAGUAACCGCAAACGUACAGGCCAUCAUGAAUCCGUGCAUUCUUCUCCUAAAUGUCCUAGAUUAUCCAGUGAAACUCAGAAAGAAACUAGAAAUCGGCAGAUGUUUGCAACAAGACCAAUUGCAGAUAUUUUAGAAGACUUGCGAUCACAAAUCAAUCUAAAAAUCAUCACAACAUUCAAUGUUGACAAGAACAACAUCUGGGAUGGGUAUCUGAAGAAGAUCCGAUACAAAGACUUGAAUCCUGCCAGUACAAUUUGUGUCAAGUUUUUAGAUCAUGACAGGCAAAGGGAGGUUGAUGAUCUUGAAAAUCCCUGUAAUGAAUUUUUUAGUUUGCUGUUGCACAACCUUCAGAAUUCAACCUUGUUUGAAGGUUCUGCUACAUCCAAGAACUUGAAUCUAGAUUCUAGAGCGCUUCGGUGGGGCAGGUAUUUUGAAGCAGGACGAGUGUUUGCAAUGUCAAUAGUUCAUGGUGGUCGAUCUCCAGGCUUUUUAUCCACAACCUUGUUUAAUUGUCUGGCUUAUGGCCCAGAGAUGGCUGAACCAACCAUUGAAGAUGUAAAACAUUUUGAUCUAUUACAAAAGAUAGGAAAGAUAAAGGGAUCUUCAACUUUGGAAGAGUUAAAAAUGUAUGUCAAGGAAUAUGCUGACUAUCUUUCAAUUGCUGGAUGUUUAAGACCAGUAUGGUCCUUGGGUGACAAGGAAAUGUUGGUGAAGGAUAUGCUAACCUUCCAUGUGAUCAAUAGAGUUCGUUCACCCUUUGAAAGGUUUCGUGAAGGAUUGAAGUUUCUUGGUGUGUUGGAAAAUAUUCAAAAGUACCCAGAGGCAUUCGUGGAGCUGUUUUGCCACAGACCUAAGAAGUUAACAUCAGAGAUAUUUGAGAAACUUUUCUCUAUCAAGUAUUCACAGGAUAAAAAGAACAGAAACAAUCAAGAAUCUAGAAUAAUCCGCUUCUGGAAGGAAUACCUAGGAGAGAUCGAAGGUGGAAAAGCUGCCGCUUCUUUUGAGGAAAUCUUGACUUUUGCAACUGGUGAUAAUGCUGUUCCAUCCAUCAGCUUUCAUCCUAAUCCCACAAUUGAAUUUAUGCAUGCUGAUGGUAAAAUACAAUACAGAUUUCCUACUGCACAGAUGCGACAAAAUUGUUUGAAAUUACCAAUGUCGAAAACUUAUAAAGCAUUUAAAGAAUCCAUGGAUUUUGCAAUCUGUAAUACACAUAUACCAGAUAGAGACUAAUUGAGAAAAGUUUUUUUUCUGGGUUGCUUCUUAAUAGCAGAGUUGAACAUAUCACCUACAAUGAUAUUGUAAUGUUCUUCACAUUUAUGGAUUAUGUUGUGCCAAAAGAAAUUGGGGAUUAGAACAUUAGUUCUAGAUUUUUUAGGGUGGAUGUAGUUUAAUUUAGCAAUACCCUGAAAUUAGAAAUAAUUCCAGACAUGUACAAAGAAUGGGUGAAUGAAUACUGUUUAGAAAGGGCCAGAGGAGAAAUAUAUUGGUUGAUUGUGUCGCAGACUUGUGAAGAAAUGGGUUUUCACUGUGAUUUCUCUCAUAUAAAGUGUCUUAGCUGCACAGUCAGUGUGGUGCCAAUCAGAGGAAGAGAGCGAAUGUAGCAUUCCCGGGCUCUCCCUCACAUUCACCGAAGCAGUAUGCAAUCUAGGCAUCCGGU